AAAACGCUGGUUAUCCACUACAUUCCUCGAAUGAUUGAAGCCUCGCCGUCCCUCUGCUCAGUCUCCCCACUUCCAGGCUUCCAGCAACUCCCGCCUCUGCGGGGCCUCAUUCCCGACGCCGUUGCCGGCCAGCAACCGCCACACCAUCGCCGUCUCCGACGAGUCAGACUCAUGCCAGUCAGACCCAUGCCCUAACACCCCUGCUCACUGCUUUCUCUGUCAACAGCAACUACAGUGCCGCCUCCGACCAGCAACCGCCACACCACCUCCUUCUCAUCUCUCAUAUCAUCUGUGUUGGGAAUCUCUUCUCCAUCUCUCUACCUUGCUCUCUCAUUGUUCUUUAUUUUGCUUGCGGAGAAUUCGCAACAGAGGGCGUAGAGAGGGGCGAAAUCUGGGAGGAAAGAAGAACAGAGACGGGAAGUGUAGGGGAGAAAGGGGGAAUCAAGGGCAAAGCAUGGCGUAUACGUGAGUUUUGUCCACCAUCGAAGCAAAUGAUGUAUGUUCAUUCUGCUAUGGCGAGUCCUGAGAAUUUGGUUCCAUUCUCUUUCAAUGCAGACUUAAGCUGCUUCAGUGCCCUCCGUCAAAUCCACUAAUCCCCUUCUGUGCAACUCAGUUUCUUUCUCUUGCCUUCACUCUGUGAAUUGGAGAUGGAAUGACCACGGGAGGGAGAUUGUGUAUGAAGUUGGGUACUGUGUCCUGCUUACGAUGGAGUUGGGGAUGAAUUUAGCAAACGGGAAUCAGUGUGUCAGUUUCCUUGAAAGGAAGUGGGUUAUGAUGAACUCGUAUAUAUGCCGGGAAUUGCUUUUCCCAUGUGAGGUUUCUAAAUCUUUGCAACCCAUUUUCACUAACACCUUGAAAACGGAGAUCGUGGGGAGGAGACGGAUGAUUUUCGGUCCAAAAAGGGCUAGCUACGGAAGAGUUAAUUCCAUGGUUAAGGAAGAGUCUGGCGGUGGCAGGUCGGUUGAUGAAGCGAAUGAGUUCGAGUUCAAGCCCUCAUUCGAUGAGUAUUUGAAGGCUAUGGAGUCUGUUAGAACUGGUAGGGGCAGAAAGCACGAGCAGGAAUUGGGUAGGCUUGGACCAAAGAGCAGUUUGCCUAAGAAAAAUGGCACGUUGAGGACUGCAAAGAGAUCAGAAAUGUACGAGAAAAAGAAGAAACUGACAGAAGAUAAUGCUGACUUGGGCCGGGACAAAUCUUCCACAAUUGAGGAAGAUUGGUUGCGGCACGGUGAUGUUGAGGAGAAGAGACUUGGUGUAGAUAAUGAAAGAACUCUUGAAAUUAUGGAAUGGAGUGAAGAAGAUACCAAUGAAGAACAAGGAGGUAGUCUCAGUAGCAAUGGAGUUUAUGAAAAAUUGCAGGACAACAGCAAAAGAGCUGAAGAAGGUCUUGAUCAAAGAUUAAGUUGGCGAAAGGUGAGGAUGUCUAAGGCCCAAAAGGGUGCAAAGUAUGAAGUUGAUGAUUCUGAGUUUGAGGUGGAAAGGGCUGCCUUCAGAAAUUUUGGUGAUGCAGAUGAUGUAGUGGUUAAGCCACCAGUUUCACGAGUGGAAAUGGAGCAGAGGAUCCAGAAGCUAGCACAGGGGUUAAAUGGUGCAGAGAUAGACAUGCCAGAAUGGAUGUUUGCUAAGAUGAUUCGGAGUGCAAAAAUCAGAUUUUCAGAUCAUUCCAUAAUGAGAGUUAUCCAGUUACUGGGAAAAUUAGGAAAUUGGAGGCGUGUCCUACAAGUCAUCGAGUGGCUUCAGAAGCAGGAGCGCUUCAAGUCACAUAAACUCAGGCAUAUUUACACAGCUGCGCUUGACGUUCUUGGGAAGGCAAGAAGACCAGUUGAGGCACUAAAUGUGUUUAACUCAAUGCAGCAACAAAUUUCCACAUAUCCUGAUUUGGUGGCCUACCAUUCUAUUGCUGUAACUCUGGGACAAGCAGGGCAUCUGAAGGAACUCUUGGAUGUGAUUGAAAUUAUGCGUGCUCCUCCUAAGAAAAAGUUCGAAGCAAGCACGAUCAUGGAGUGGGACCCUCGACUGGAACCAGAUAUUUUUGUCUACAAUGCAGUGCUUAAUGCUUGUGUCAAUCGGAAACAAUGUGAAGGGGCUUUUUGGGUACUGCAGCAAUUAAACCAACAAGGGCAGACUCCUUCCUCCGCAACAUAUGGACUCGUCAUGGAGGUGAUGUUUGCCUGUGGCAAAUACAAUUUGGUUCAAGAAUUCUUCCGAGAAGCGCAGAAAUCAGGAACCCCAAAUGCCUUAACAUACAGAGUUCUUGUUAAUUCUCUCUGGAAAGAAGGCAAAACAGAUGAGGCAGUAUUAGCUGUUGAGGAGAUGGAAGGACGGGGCAUAGUAGGCUCUGCUGCUCUAUACUAUGACCUUGCUCGCUGUCUUUGCACUGCGGGAAGGUGCCAAGAAGCUCUCGAGCAGAUCGAGAGGAUCUGUAAGGUUGCUAGCAAGCCUCUAGUAGUCACCUAUACUGGUCUAAUCCAAGCUUGCAUGGAUUCUGGGAACAUCCAAGAUGGGGUAUCGAUCUUUCAACAAAUGGAGCAGCACUGCUCCCCAAAUCUCGUCACUUGCAACAUAAUGCUGAAAGCUUACCUUGGAAACAACAUGUUCGAGGAUGCAAAGAAACUGCUCUUCAAGAUGCUAGAUGAUGGAAGUCAUAUCAGUAAUAGAUCUGAUUACCGGGUGCGAGUUGUACCUGAUGCCUAUUCAUUCAACACUAUGUUAGAUGCAUGUGUUGCAGAGAAGAGAUGGGAAGAUUUGGAGUUCGUCUAUAAGAAGAUGCUGAGCCAUGGUUUCCAUUUCAAUUUGAAACGCCACCUUCAUGUGGUCUUGGAAGCUUCAAGAGUUGGAAAGCGUGAAUUACUGGAAACUACUUGGAACCAGUUUGUCCAGUCUGGUUGCUCCCUCCCAUCUGCUCUCGUGAAGGAACGCUUCAUCACAAUGCUCGAGAAAGACGACACUUCUGGGGCUCUCUCCGCUAUUAUUAGCCCUCUGACUAGUGAAUCACUCAGUAGUCUCACCAAGAAGGCAUGGUUGAAGUUGUUCAAGGAAAAUGCUCAACGGUUCCGACGAGACACACUUGCCCGUCUAACUCGCGAGAUUAGGGUUCAUAUGGCCUCAACUGCGUUACCGGCCCUGGGGUUGCAGAAUUUAGUUGCAUCCUGUGACGAGUUCAUAAGCACUGGUUGGUGAUCUUACACCAACUCAAUAUAUCAUGUGGUCCGGUAUUGCUCCAUUGAUUAUUGGAAGAGUGGGAUCGAUGUCCUACAGAGAUGUCAUUCACAGAGGAUUAUCGUGCGAUAAAUGUUUUAUCCAAGUCUCGGGCUUUUCUGAAAUGCGAAAAUGAUGAUACUCCUAAACGGUCUACCAGUACACAUGUAAUCGUAACCUUGCAAUAGGUUCACCAGAAUAUAGAUAGCUCGUGUAUCAUAGAAUUAACUGUUUGAAAUCGAUAAUCAUCUAGGCUUGUAAUUUUGAUAGUUCUUUUAGUUUCUUUUCUUUUUUUUUUGCUUGAAACUUUUCAUCGUAUAGUUAACUCAUUGUUGAAAAUAUAUGUAAAAUUAAGAACGAAGAAAGAUGAAAGACCA